GCGGACGACAUGACAGUUCGUUUUUUGUGGUGGUUCUCCGCAGGUGAAGUCUCUUUUCGACGGCGAUCGGACAUCGACAUUAUUUUGCUUUUGGUGAUAGCAGAGAGUGCGCUUUUGGUUCAUUCCAAAUCAAUUUCGUACCUACAAUCAAAUCGGUGCAAAGGACAUCAUCUUUAACCUCUUGGUCCACGUAUUUAUCUGUUAAUUUGCUCGCCACUCACGGGAGUAACGUUGCGAUGGUCGCCAACAAGGACUUCCCACCAUUAAAGAAUGAUAACCUACUUCGAGCGGCUCGUGGAGAACCGGUAGAUCGGGUUCCCGUAUGGGUGAUGCGCCAAGCUGGUCGCUACUUGCCCGAAUUUCAAGAGGUUCGAGCCAAGCAUGACUUCUUCGAAGUGUGCCGAACCCCUGAGUUGGCUUGUGAGGUCACUAUGCAACCGCUACGGCGGUUUGAUCUGGAUGCGUCCAUAAUAUUCUCGGACAUUCUCGUCAUUCCCCAAGCUCUCGGAAUAGCAGUGGAGAUGCACAAAGGUGUUGGACCGGUUCUACCACAACCAUUGGUCACCCCCGAUGAUUUGGAGCGACUCAACACAACAGGAUCUAUCGAUAGGCUGAAGUAUGUCGGUGAUGCCAUUACCAUGAUGCGGCACAUGCUAGAUGGGAAAGUACCGUUGUAUGGCUUCACAGGAGCACCUUGGACCUUGAUGGGCUACAUGAUCGAAGGGGGUGGCAGCAAAACAAUGUCUAAAGCAAAAGCGUGGCUUUCUGACUACCCGGAGGCAAGUAAUAAGCUUCUUAAUUUGCUAACCGACCAGAUUGUAGAUUACUUGCUAAUGCAAGUAAAAGCGGGUGCACAAAUAGUUCAAGUAUUCGAAUCAAGUGCCGAACAUCUGUCCAAGGAACAAUACUUGGCCGUUGCCUUGCCCCAUUUGAAACGGAUUCGGGACGAUUUGCACCAGAAAUUCGCUGAUGAGGGCAUCACUCCAGUUCCCAUGACGUUAUUUUCUAAGGGUGCUAUGCACUCUUUAACGGAACAAUCUCAAAUCGGCUACGACGUUAUCGGAUUGGAUUGGACGAUUGAUCCAGAGGAAGCACGGAAGCUGGUGGGACCUAAUGUGACACUGCAGGGCAAUCUGGAUCCUCAGGAUAUGUACAAAACACCUGAGGAACUGCGAGAACUGGUGUUGACUAUGGUAAGGAAGUUUGGCAAGCAUAGGUACAUCGCCAAUCUAGGUCAUGGAAUCACUCCUCAGACUCCUGUUGAAAGUAUGAGUGUGUUGGUACAAGCAGUUCACGAUGCGCUCUAAUGGUAGUAGCAUCUACCAGCGAACCGGACUAAUAGUCGUUUUGUUACAAAUUGCAUUUUUAUACGAUAAACAAUUGUUCGUAAAAAUAUAUUCGGUAAAAGAUCAUCUCUUAAGAUUGUGUUCAGCAAUGCUGAAGACACGAAGUUUUUUCGCCGAUGACAUCCGUACGGGUCCAUUGGUUUAAAACAGCUUUAAUUACAAGCA